ACUAUACGUAAUCGCCAUUUUUGUGAUGGCGGCCGAUAUUUAUAGAUCGUAGGGAGUGUUGUUUUUCAAUAAAUAAAUGCAUUAAAAUGGAGGAAACUAAAGUUAUUUACUAUAUAGACGAUGAGGAGACGCCGUAUUUGGUCAAAAUACCGAUAUCGCCGGAGAAAGUGACGCUAUUAGACUUUAAAAAUCAGUUGAACAGGCCCAACUACAAAUUUUUCUUCAAGUCGAUGGACGAUGAUUUUGGUGUAGUGAAAGAAGAAAUUGUGGACGACAAUGCGCAUUUGCCGUGUUUUAAUGGUCGUGUGGUGUCGUGGCUGGUGUCCGCCGAGGGAUCAAACCCUUCGGACGGUGCUUCUCAAUGCACGGACAGCAACGCAGGUAAAACGAAACAAAACACACACGGGGCUCCGUCGGCGCCCCUCACGAGGGACACAUGCACCGACACAGACAGCACGAUAAGCUCCCGGCCCGGCCACAGGGCGUCCUGCGACAAGUACAAGUACAGAGGGCUCAGGAUCAACGGGCACUCAAAAUACGGCAACCAUGGGUUGGAGUACGAGACGGCCUCAGUGCUGAGCUCGGACCUGGACUCGACGAGCCUGUUCGACAGCCAGUCAGAGAUCACCACCACGACGGGCCGGCACACCAACGCGUCAGUGGACCGAGCGCUCACCGAGUGUAGUAGCGUGUCGCACCUGCAGGUCAGCUCGCGCAAGAGACCUCAGCGCAGGCGGAAGCGGCCGCAAGUCAUGUCGCGAACCUCUUCCUACUCCUCGAUAACAGACUCCACGAUGUCCAUGCACAUAAUUACAGUCACUCUGAACAUGGAUACUGUGAAUUUCCUGGGCAUAUCUAUAGUCGGUCAGUCCAACAAGGGUGGAGAUGGUGGUAUUUAUGUUGGCAGCAUCAUGAAGGGUGGAGCGGUGGCUUUGGAUGGAAGGAUAGAACCUGGAGACAUGAUUUUGCAGGUGAACGACGUGAACUUCGAAGACAUGACGAACGACGAGGCGGUGCGCGUGCUACGCGAGGUGGUGCAGAAACCGGGCCCGAUCAAGCUGGUGGUGGCCAAGUGCUGGGACCCGAACCCCAAGGGGUACUUCACGAUCCCGCGCACGGAGCCGGUGCGGCCGAUCGACCCCGGCGCGUGGGUGGCGCACACGGCGGCGCUGCGCGAGGCCUACCCGCCGCCGCCGCCCUCACUGUCCGCGCUGCCCGUGUCGGCCGCCUCCGACCGCGACGUCGCCGACGCACAGCUGUCCGUCAACAUGGACAUGGCGCUGGUGGUGCGGCACAUGCUGCGCCCCGACUCGGGGCUGGAGAUUCGCGACCGCAUGUGGCUCAAGAUCACCAUCCCUAACGCGUUCAUCGGUGCUGAUGUGGUGGAUUGGGUGUUGGCGCACGUGGCAGGGAUAGCGGACCGGCGUGAUGCCAGGAAGUACGCGUCGCAUAUGCUCAAGGCGGGGUUCAUCCGGCACACGGUGAACAAGAUAACGUUCUCGGAGCAGUGCUACUACGUGGCGGGCGGCGUGUGCGGCGCGGCGGGGCUGGGCGCGGGCGGGGCGGGGGUGGUGGGGGCGGUGGCGGGCGAGCUGGCCGCGCUGCGCCUGCGCGCGCCCGACACCGACUCGCUCGCCAGCGACGGACUCAAGCCGCUGCCCAACCCCAAUCUGAUGGGUCCGGGGUACAUGCCGUACGCGGGCUCAUACGGGUACCAGCCGAUACCGUUCAAGUACUCGUGCGCCAACAGCGAACACACCAUCUACGGCUACAACCGCGAGGAGUCGGGCGUGUCGGGCAGCGGCGGGUCGAGCGGCGGGUCGGAGCGGGCGCGCGGCGAGCGGGCGGAGCGAGCGGAGCGCGGCGAGCGAGCGGAGCGAGCGGAGCGCGGCGAGCGGCCCGAGCGCUCCGAGCGGCGCUCCAGCUCGUCCGCGUCGGGCUCCGAGCCGCUGCACGACCCGCCCGCCGACCGACCCGUGCUCUUCCUCUAACGGACCCACCUGUAAGUCGCGCGGGCGGGAGGCGGGGCGUGAGGACGUAUGGUGCAGGAGGGAGGGGAGCGGGGAGCGAGGAGCGCCAGUUCGCGCGAACACAAUGUUUAUUUAUAAAUACGUAGCGACGUGACGUUUGACGGUUAACUUAUAGUGCAGUCAUUUGUAACAUUUUAUUUUCACGUUAUUAUUUACUCUGGCUACGUUUCGACACCGCGAUGCGUGUGUUGGCUCAAAGGACCAGGUUCCAGAACUGUAAAAAAAAAUAUUUUGCAUUAAAAUUAUUUUGACGUCUGAAUAUUGCACAAAUCUUCCAAUUUAAUGUAGUGUAAUACAGGUGGUUCAAAAAUUUAUGUUUUAGUGUUCAUAAUGUAAGCAAGCAUUUUUUUAAUUUUUUACUAUAAUAUUUCGGUUAAUUACACGCACAAAUUUGAAUUUUAUAAUCAACAUAUUAUGGUACGGAUCAAGUUGUCUGUAAACCAAAACCACAUGGGGGUAUCUCCUUAGAUCGAGAAGUAUUUUUAUUACUGAAAAAUAGUGCAUAUAAGUUCUCGAAAUGUUGGCUACCUAUCUCAAAUUUAAUCAAAAAGAUUAAGGAGUCAACAUACGAUCCUAACUACCUACGGAUCGCCACCAAAAAUGGAUCAAUCAUAAUAAAGUUUAUGAUGAUGGAUCAUUAUGAUUCGUUAAUUACCAAUGAUUCGAAGUUACUUCCUAAGAUAGUUUAUUUAUAAUGAAUAAACGAUCUCAAUUUUAAUCUUCCAUUCGAUCCCAGAAUAGGCCAAUCAAAAUGACUCAUCCGUAAGCAUGUCAUAAAAUACUGUGUUCUGAUUGGUCCAUUUAUUGGAAUCGAUUAUUGAAGAGCACCGUUAAUGGAUUUUUGACUGCCUCGGCGGCGUAGUUAUACGGUACGACUGCAGUGCUAAGGUCCAGGGUUCGAUCCUCGGACUGGGCAGUAUUUUGAGUUUUUCUACAGUAUCAGCCUGGAGUCUGGAAUUUGUGCCUAAUUUGGCUCACCCCCUAUCACAUGAAACACACAUAGCGGAAAGUAGGUGCGCCAGUUGCACCUCUGCCUACCCCUGUGGGUGUGUUGUUGAGCGUUGCGCCAUCGAGGUGUGGAGACGUGGCCCGCGGUACGGAGUAAUACAGGACGAUGUACAUAGCGCCUAGUGUAAUGUUUUGUAUACUUCCUAUGUGUAACCCAGCGCCGACGCGACUCGGGACUCGAACCUGUCUACUUGAGAUCUUUUCCCAAGAUGGCCGUGUUAUCUAUAUAAGUAUUACAAAGAGAAAAAUAAUGUGAGUUUGUAUGUAGGUUGGUAGGAGCUAAUCUCUGGAUCUACUGAACCGACUUUGAAAAUUCUUUCAAUAAUUGAAAGGUACAUUACUUGUGGGUGCUACUUUUUAUCCCGGAAAAACUUUUUCACACGCACAGAGUUGCGGGCAGAAGCUUUCGUAUAAAAACUGAUAGUACCAGAUGAUGAUCUCACUGUCAAUAUUUGUGACACUAUAAAUGUCACAAAUAUUGAUUGAACGCACAAAAUACUCAAGCCAAGUGUAAAAAUCACAAUCUAUAAUCACAAGCAUAGGAGUUGUUGGUGUCGGAGGCUGUUUUUGUUCCAGACAUAAAUUAGUACUGUAUUUUUGUGUUUUUUUUUUGGCCAUGGAGAGUUCUGGUUACAACUAAACUAUUAGUUCUGUAAGUUUUUUUAUAACAGAGUUGGGACAGUACAUGUCGAAAUUAACGUGGAUUCUGUUUAAGAUAUUCAGCUUAGCCAAGCUCUAAUUAUUAAGGCACCAGUAGUGAAAGAUUUUUUUCGAAAGGUUACCUGAUACAACAUAUAUGUACUUAUAUGCAUAAAUGCGAUAUGCAAAUCGUUCUAAUGAUAAUUACAUUCUACAUAAAGUGAAGCUGGCAAGAAUCUGGUUAUAUGGACCCUUAGCCACUGUAAGGCACUCGACCCCAAUAUUAAACUAGAAAAUACGAUCUCAUCACUUUUAUACAAGUAUAAUAUUUUCCAGACUUGGCGAAAGAUGAAAAGUAACAUUGACCGGUGAAACGCAAAAUGAUAUAAGCGACAUUUGUUUUAAAAAAAAAUUAUCGAGUCAAAAAAGUUAACACGGAACCAUUAAUGGGUGUGACGCAAAAUGACAUAAGCGACAUUUGUUUAUAAAAAAAAUUAUCGAGUCAAAAAAACAGAAAAGUGUGCAGUAUUCAAAUAUGUAUAAAAUUCAAUGUCGCUUAAGCGAAUCUGAUCUAGAUUUUCACCCGUAGGUGUAAAAGGUUGUGGUCCCGAGUCGUUGCGACGCGUUUAGUUGUGAACGUAUGUGUAAACUAUAUACGGAUGAGUUGUCCGUAUGUUCUGUCUGCCCCUCUGGCGGCAGGUCGUGAUGCGUCAUCCAUUGCGUGAUGGCGCUUAAGAAGAAAUGUUGAGUUGCAAUUUUUUUUUAUUUAUUUCAGAUUUAAAGUUGGAGGUUUUUUUACAGUCAGAUAAUAUCGAACUCGCGUUUUAAAAAUUCUGUUCCAGUUUUAUCUAAAUUAUUAAUAAUUAAAUAAUUUUAUCCACCAUAACGCGUAAGCUGUGAAAAACAUGGAUCAAAGAGACUUAAACUAUAGGACAGACAUACUUGAUAAUAUAAUUGAAAUCCAAAAGAGGAAAAAUGCAACAUCAAACCAGGUCUAAAUCCUUGAGAGCGGACAGAACAAUACGGGCGAUAUAGUUAAAAAUUAUUUUAACGCUAAACGAACGUACAGUGCCAUUUGUGGGGAUAGUCGCGGGGCGGGCCUCGCCUGUGCGGGACAGUGGCUCGACUGGUUACUGGACUUGCGCGAGGCGGUGUGUUGAAUUGAUAUAUUCAUGAAUGUCGCAAGACUGACAUCAUUUCUGUCUGACGUCACGAUUGUUGUUUGAAAGUAGGAAUGAUUGUAAAUACUAUCAUGUGACGUUGAUUAUAAGAUCCCGUUGGUGUCCUUUGGGGUACGGGAGCUUAUAAUAAAAAGGUUAAUCGCGCUUUAUUAAAGGAUCUUUGUCGAUGUCGCAGAUCGAACUAAGAAAAAACAAUCAAUCAUGAAUCAAGAUAAUUUAAUUACCGCCUUUGCCGAGUCGCAGCCGCCGUCCCGCGUGCGCGAGGUGCGCACACGCAUCAAACUGAGCGCGAGAUUUUAAUUUAUCAUGUAUAUUAUUUAUAGUUAAGUGUAAAUAGUUAGUAUGUACGAGGUAUAUGUAUGUGUUAUGUAAACGGACUGUUUGUAUCGCGCAGUCGGUGAGUUAUUUAAUACAAAAUAUUUUUUUUGUAUCGACAUUUCAAAAUGGCGGCUAAUACGUAAAAGUGGUUGGGCGUCGGCGCAGACAGCAUAGAGUGACGCGUAUGUAACGUGUUGUGGGGGGUGCACUGCACAAUAUUUACAUACAGUUUUAGGGUCAUCCAUGAAUUACGUCACUCGUUAAAAGUUUCGUGACGUCACAUGGCAGUCUUCAGUAAAGAAACACAGGACGGUAAUGUUAAAUAUGAAUCUUAAAAAUACGUUUUAUUUCGGGUCAUACGAGGCUUGUAAAAAUGCAAAUCAUGUGACGUCACACUAAGGGGCGGUCACGUAAUUGUGACCACGUGGGACAAGGACCGGUGGAGGGGUAAAAAAAAACAUGAAAUUUGUGAGACGUAAUUUGUGGACGGCCCUGUUGACCAAUUAAUAAAAUAAGUUUCAUAUUAAACUACUGAAGAAUAAAGUAGGAAAUUAAAUUACAUAUUUACAUACAUACAUACAUAGUAUCACGCCUUUAUCCCAUAGGGGUAGGCAGAGACUAUAGAUUGCCACUUUGCACGGUCCUGGCAUACUUCUCGCGCUUCCUCAACCUUCAUUAAUCCUUUCAUGCAUCCCCUCCGGUUCCGGGUACUUUUGACCUGGCCUUUACUGAGAAUGUCAGAUAUCUGACAUUCGAAGGUUCGGUGCGGUCGACCCCUACCGGCUCUUCCAUCCAUAUUCGCCUAAACCCUCUUUGUCAGUCUUUUAUCAUCCAUCCUAUCGAAAUGCCCAAACCACCUUAGCAUACCCUUCUCAAUUUUUGUAACCACAUCCUCUGUCACUCCACACAUGACAUUAGAAUUUGAUAAUCACCUGCUUUGGGAGUGCGGUUACAGGCGUGAUCAAUAUAUCAAGUGUUCCGUUUCAAAUAAGUAUGUGUGGAGAAACCUUGGGCCUUAUUCUCUAUCCCGCACGUUAUUUUAACAGUGCGUAACAAGCACGUAACACAACGCGUCAUGUUUAGGACUAUAGAAAUUUGGCUUACAGAAUACCAUUCCACGCACAUUUCACGAAGAUAACAUGACAUGGCCGCGUUACGCGUUUACACUAUCAUACAGAAUAAGGGCCCUUGACGUUUGCGUUAUGCUAUGCUGUCUCGCAUGCGCCCCACACCUUACAGUGCUACAUUUUUUUAUACAAUGAUUGUGAUUUUGUAUAAAUUUACAAAAUGAACGUACGGCAUUCGGUUUCAUUUGCUUCCGUGGUUUGAUUAGAUAACCUUUAAUAAAAAUCUGCCUAAAGUGAAACCUCUUAUCCACCAAGUUUUAAUUCCAUAUGUCUGAGUGACUAGACUGCUUUGUAUUAGUAUUGAGUGUGGGUUGUAAAGCUCUCGUGUUGUCCACACGACAUGGUUGUGUCAUAGUGUAGACUAAGGAGUGUGCGUGAUUGAUAUAUUUAUUUAUUAACGAAUUUUAAUUGCAUGACUAAUAUUUAACAAUUUUUUUUUGAGACAGAUACGCAUUUUGUUAAUUGAAAGGGGAUAUGGCCUCCCACGGAAGCAAAUGAAACAAGAUUUUAUUUAUGUUAUUAUUUCCAAAUAUAAGAAUAAUUCAAAUAAUUGGGCAUGUAAGUUCCCAUAAGAUGCAAUUCAGAUAUUUUUUAUUUAUUUUUAUGCUUUAUAUGUAAUCCAAAUGUAAUAUAAUCACUGCCACAACACGUGGAAAUAGUAGAGUGAGAUAUAUGGGAGGCAGUACCCCCAAACAAAACUUAUGCAGCUAUGUUUAUUUUAAUAAUGGCAUGUACACUCGAGCAAUAAUGUCGCCCUGAUAGUCAGGGGCGGAGUUAGGAGUCGUUCGGCGGGGGCCGUGAUCCCCCGCCGGCCGGUUUGUGACCAUUCAUAUAGCAUUUAUAAUGUGAUCGUUAAUUUUUGUAAUGUGUAUACGCUGUAUCAACUAGGACAAAAUGUUCCGUUAGUUGUAAAAUAAAAUAUUGUAUGUUAGAUGGAGUGUGGAGCGCCACGAGCCUGUCCGAGGGCCAUUGCAGCCUCUGAAGCGAUUCCUGAACUAUAUUUAUACAUUAUAUUGGUAUCAGUUUGAAGAUCUAAAACGAAUUCAUGAACAAAGUGUAAAUCUCGAAAACAAUCUACAUUUACCGAAUAUCUUGUGAUGUGAGAAUAAUUUCGUACAAUAUUACGCAGUCCAGUCGAGAAUGGAAUCGUUUCGGAGCGAUUGCUGCUUGGUUCGACCCCCCAUAACUGAUUUCGGGACUGUUUUCUAUGGUAAAUAAUAAUAACAUACUGCGCAUGAUCAUGAAAUAUAAAUAUGUGUUUUCCGAAUGUUUAAAUAUCUAGUUCUCUUCAUAUUCCCAAUAAAUAUAGACUUAACAUUGCUGCUAAGAGGGAGAGAAUAUUACAAUUUAACUAUUAAUAUUAUAAUGUGGUGAAAAAUACUUUAGAAGUCAUCUCUACUGUUGACGUUCUGGGGUAUAUCAAAGCAGGUCGACAAAAUUGGCUACUUGACAGAUCGGGUAGGUAUUUUUCAAAUAAUUUACAAAAGAUAUGACUGAGAUUUUCCAUCUUAAAAAUGGCUGUCGCAGCUCAGUCAAGGAGUUGUCCGUGUGAUGUCCCCGUGCCUCGGAAAUCUAAACCCGUUGGUCCCGUGCCUGAUCUCUCUCCGGUCAUGUCGGAUUGUCUCACCGGACUAUGAGAGUCAAGGAACAGAGAGUGCUUGUGUGAGUAAAUUAUAAAAACAUUUUACUUCAUUGACUUGAAAUAUCGCGCGAAAA